AUGGGGCAGCUUUUGUCUCACCCGCUGACGGAAAAGACCAUUAUUUACAAUGACUAUGAGCAUCUUUCACAACAAGCCAGCAGGCGGCGUAGUUCUGAACACUCAAGUUCGGCCAACAAACACAGGGCGCAAAAAGGAGCGCAGUUUUUUAACUGUGUGGGGUCGAUGCAAGGGUAUAGAUUAACCCAAGAAGAUGCACACCUGGUAGCUAAUUGCGACAGUAUGAUGGAACUGAACUUUUACAACCCAUUCACUGAUCGAGAAGAAAUGCUCUCAAUGUCGGUGUUUGGGGUAUUUGAUGGCCAUGGCGGUGACGAGUGCUCCAAAUAUGUGAGCUCCGAAAAUGACGCCUACCAGGGCAUCAGGAAGUGGAUAAGGCUCUCGUUCGAAACUCACGAAUACGGACCAGUAAAAGGCCUGGAGAGCAAGUCUUUCAAGCGUAGGUUCCGUACAAUUGAGGGCCUUGUGAGCCAGGUUCUAAAAGACGCAUUUUUACUACAAGACCGGGAACUCUAUUGCCAUUAUGCAAACAGCUCGUGUGGCUCUACUGGAAUCUUGGCGGUCAUUAUAAAUGAAAAAAAGCUGUAUGUCGCCAAUACCGGCGACUCGCGGUGUGUUCUUUCAACGAAAGGUCGGGGCGUUAAAACUCUUUCGUAUGAUCACAAACCACAGCACAUAGGAGAGCUGGUAAGGAUAAACGAUGACGGCGGAACAGUGUCAUUGGGAAGGGUUGGAGGCGUACUGGCGCUCAGCAGAGCAUUUGGCGAUUUUCAGUUCAAGACAAGCGUUUCGUAUACGAAUAGCGCGCACGGGCCCGCAGCGGCUCAGCGCUACGUAGCGCCGGCGCAAGAGUCCCAAGUAACGGUAGAACCUGACGUGAUCUGCCACCAAAUAUCAUAUGACCGAGACGAGUUUCUGGUGCUUGCUUGUGAUGGCAUCUGGGACUUGUACAGCAAUAGAAAUUUGGUUCAGUUCAUCAAGUAUCAUUUGAUGCUUGGUCAAAAGCUCGACGAUAUCGUAACCAAGCUUUUGGAUCACGGCAUUAACUCUGCAGACAGCAAUACAGGUGUUGGAUUCGACAACAUGACCAUCAUUAUUAUUGCGCUGAAUAAGCAGGGUGAGACACUGGCACAUUGGUACGGCAAAAUGAAGUCGAGACUGGAGAGGGAAAAGGGGCUCACCAUAUAA